AUGGGACACAUUAUCUAGUGACACACAACAGCUGGAGGAACAGCCCCUUUCCUUUUUUAGCGGCUCGUCAUAUUAAUUCACCUGACAGUCUUCACAAUUUAUGGCUGCCCAUUUGUCCCAGGAAUAUAAGGGAGUUUUUCAGCCCCAUGGGCAGUGUUCUGGCUUUGUCUUCCGGUCCGGGCCACCAGCACUGGCCAUUUUCCACGGACCACCCUCCUUCUCGCUGGGAUGCGCAUCCUGCUCAUUGGUACAGCCCACCACGCUGGGAGAGGAGAGAUGGACGGCUACCUAACCCAGGCAGCUUUCACUCCCUUCACAGGAGCUGCAAAGAUGUGUUUCCUCAACAGAUUGAGGGCGUCAAGAUGAUUGUCAACAAAACUCUGAGCAGCUUCUUCAAGGUCAGUCAUACUCUCCACCUCAGUGCCGUCAGUCCUUCGUACUAUCGAUUCCAUGUGGAGCAUCUGCAAUCUGACGAUUACAGCAAGGACAAGGAUGCACCUGCCUUGAUCGGCGAGAUGGAUUCCUCAGGCAGUCUGAACGCUCACGCUCUGCUGCAUCUCACUGAGCGUGUGCGAGCCAGAUCCGUGUUCCAGACCCAGCAGUCUCAGUUUGUAACGUGGCAGUUUGAAACCGAGUACAGAGGGAGCGACUUCACGGCCGCUGUCACGGUGGCUAACCCAGAUGUUCUUAGAGAAUCAGUCAUCCUUGUGGCGCACUUCCUCCAGAGUGUGUCAUCUAGUCUGGUGUUAGGGGGGGAACUUGUCUACCACAGAGGCAGAGCAGAAGAGGGUGGAAUCCUUACACUGGCAGGACAGUAUUCAAGACCAACAUGGGUGGCAACACUGAAUGCUGGGAAAGGAGGAGCCCAUGCUAGCUACUAUCACAGAGCCAACAAACAGAUCCAAGUCGGGGUGGAGUUUGAAGCUAGUACUAGGACUCAGGAAACCACAACCUCAUUUGGGUAUCAGAUGGAACUCCCAGAGGCCAACAUGGUUUUUCGAGGUAUGAUUAACAGUCGGUGCAUCAUAGGAGGCGUACUGGAGAAGCGCUUGAGCCCACUCCCUGCCACCUUGAUCAUGGGCGCAUUUGUAAACCACCGUGGUGACAAGCUGCAAGUAGGUCUCGGUGUCAAUGUGGGACAAUAGUCCACUUUUUCCUACUGGAAUGACAACUGACUGACUUGUCAGGAAAAAAAACCCCACUAAGAUAGCUGCUUCCAGGUCUUCAUACGUGGGUGAAUCUGCUCAUCGGAGCUGAGUACCAGAUUGUCAAGAUUGUUUGCAUCUUGAGUCUGAGAACAAUUCCUGAAUCCUUGUCUUGCAAUCUACCUCUAAAAAAGGAGGAGGUUUUUUUUUUUAUGUGGUUGCCAUUGAAUUUAGUGGGAAUAAUUAGAUGAACUUACUGAGGGGCACAUUUACUUUUUGAGACCGGACUUUCCACAUCAACUUAUGGAGCACAAACAUGAGGGAUCUACUAAGAAUUUUGUUACAAGUGACUCAAUGCUACUGUUAUGUUUUUGGCCAUUACUGGAAUGUGUGCUCAUUUUCUUGAUAUUGGAACACAAUGCUAAUAUAAUUUUAACUUGCAGAUAAACUUGUUUUGUAUAGACAAUAUCCUCUUGUCCCACUAGUUUAGUACAGUACUGUUGGCCUUUGUGCUAACAUGAGUGAACAGCAUUGACAAUUUGUGGGUUUUUCAUAUAAACAAACACUUCUGUUUGAAAAAAAGUGUGGGUCGCCAAAGGACCCAAAAUAGUGCUGUAUGUGUGUGUCCACAAUGCCAGAGCGUAAAAGUAUACAAAAGGUGCUGUUAUAGACCAAUGAGAGGACCAAGUAAUUAACUAUAUGAAACAUACCAUAAAUGCUCAAAUUAUAGCCGGUGCGUUUGUUUAUUUACGUAAACCGCAAAGAGUACAGGGCGUUCGUUUGAAGCAGUUGAUAAUUGGAUAAUGAUGUACAGUAUAUCAUGACUUUAAAAUUUUUUAAUGAGGAUUCGGAGGGUAUGAGAAAUGGGAAAGGAAAAAUAGCACUCUUUGACCACAUAGCCAUUUAUUCACAAGAAUACAACACGGCAGUAACAGAACCAAUGUUGUAAUAGUGUUAAGGAGCAAACUGCUCAGCCAGCAUUAUUAGCAUUGAUGAGUUAAAAUGUAAGACGAAUGAGUUUCAUACCAACAGCUGAGGAGCGCAACCAACAUUUUAAAGGGCACGUAGAGCGCGAUAAAGCUGCUGAAUGAUGACCACUCAUAAUACUUCAGAUGCAACUACUGCCGUCUUGUGGAGUUCAUAGAAACUACAUCAGAAGGAUUCUUACGGCCACAGAUCUUAACGUUAUUGUUUUUUGACCCGGCGGCAAGUAAAGACCCCAGCGAUUAUUUCUGUUUGUGGACCAUACAACAGGCAACUCUGUGGUAGAUAGAUUAGAGGCAUUAAUUGGAGCAAUUACUGUAUGUGGAAAUACUGUAUAUGUGGAAAUACUGUAUGAAUCAUACAGUGCGAUGCAACCUGCACUACUGCACGCUCGGGUCAUGUGUUAUUUACUUAUUUAUAUGCUAUUUAACAAUGGAGGGAAGUUGAAGGGAUUGACUGCAUAUUUGGAAUUAAUUUAAUAAACUGUUAUUUCUGUUACAGUAACUGGUUAUUUUCUUCGCUUAUCGUUUUAAACUGUAUUAUUGUCUCUACAGUAAUCCACCCCCUGGCAUCAACAUGUGUUACACCUGCAAAAUCUGAAUGGUGCCGUACAGUUCUACACCAUUGGUGUCAAUCAAAAUUGAGCAUUAUCUUUGUAAAACAUCGAUACAGCUGACACAGAUUGUGCAGAAAUGCCUAAUUAAUGAAAUGUCUGAAAACAAUGCUGAGGACUUUGUAAGUCCUGAUUGUUGGAAGUUGUUUGUAGAAAUGUUCAUUUAAAUUUAAAGUGUUGAAAUACAGUAGACGCCCCUACAACGUAAAUAAUCCGUUUCGAGAACCUUUAUGUUAUAGGGAUUUUAUGUUAUACAAAGCGUGAAAUACAUGUAAAUAGCCUAAUCCGUUCCAAGAUCUUCCCAAACUCACCCCUUUGGCACUUCAAAAUAUUCAAAGUCCACCAAAUAUGGCGGGAAAAUAUAAGACAACGUUAGCAUAAACAUAAUAGAAUAGCAUUCCAAUAUAAAAUAAGGUAAUAAAUAAGAUUACUGUAAAUGGAUAAAACUGAAAAACAACAACAAUUCUACCACUCACGAGGUGUCUUGAUCAGGAGCGCAAGUGGAGGCAGGAGGGAGGAGGAAGACUAGCCUGAGUCGAAACGCGACUCAAAGAGUCUAAGAGUCAGCUGGUUUCACAGACAAACGCACACGCACUACACGAUAAUGCUGUGUGCAAAAUUUUAAUUUGUAGCUUAACUUAAUUGUUUAAGUUAGUUUCAGGGGGACUACGAAGAGGAAGGAGUUUGAAGGGACAAGCCUGUCUCUCACAAAGUCACUUACGUGCUGUAUAACUCAGCCAAUGAGAUGACAGCAUAGGCAGUGCCCCGAUAAUCAGCCAAUGAGAUGAGAGCGGAGGCGGUGCCUCGAAAAUCAGCCAAUGAGAGCGUGAUGCGUCAGAAGGCGUCACCAAGUGUUAGUCUGAACUUGCACCGACUUGAGGCAUUAAUAAAGUUGAUUGAAAAAAAAAGACUUGCACUGACUUGACGCUCUUAUGUUAUAUGGAAUUUCUUCUGUAAUACGAAGCAAAAACUUUACAUAAAUUCUUUAUGUUCAGUGGAAUUUAUGUAAAAGGAGGUUUAUGUUAUGCGAGGUACUACUGUAUGUCUAAAGUACAGUGGAACCUUGAUUUUCGUCAUUACCGUAAAUUCCGGUGUUAAAGUUGCUACUUUUUUCUUAAACUUUGAACCUUGCGGCUUAUACAGCGGUGUGGAACCUCGGUCUUUGACAUUACGGUACCGAAACUUACGAAAACCAAGCCAAUUUUUCCCACUCGCAACUUUUUUUGGCCCCAUGGUGGGUUAUUUAGCAGUCGCACUCAAUGAAAAGUGCACGGACAGUGAGUCAGCAAUGCGUAGGGUGCUUUAUUUUCCACUCGAUUUCACGAAAUAAUACAGUACAUGGCAAAGGGCCUGGUUUGUAAGUUUGCAAUAUUUUAUGAAAACCGAGGCAAAAUAUUAGCGGACAUUUUUGGCGAAAACCGAACCAUACGAAAACUGGGGCGUCUGAAAACCGAGGUUUGACUGUAGUAAGAUUUUGAAUCAGGCUAAAAAAGGUUGUCCACAAGAUCCAGUUAACCAUUUUUAAUAUAAAGCCAUAAAAACAGAACAUAUUUCUAUACUGUACAUUCAUAAAUACAAACAUAUAAACAUUUUCUUGUUGCUGAUGCUGUGUCACUGUACAGUGGCAACCUUUCUGUGUUACUUGUCUCUGAAAAGAGACGAGAAGAAUCCUUUUCCUGCCUCGCCUUUCAGUCUUAAAGACUUGCUUCUUUGGAGUCCUCCUGUGCUCAUUUGCUCCCGCUGCAUUUGUUUUAUUCGGUCCUCCUCCUUUUGCAGCACCUGCUGAUUGAUCACUAAGCGCAUGUCCUCCUGACACACAAAUUGUACAGAUAGUGGAAAAAAAGAUGGACACUUCAUUAGUUACACAUUCUAUUGAGACACAGUGAAGGAGAUGUAUUUCAAAUUCUGUAUUUACAGUCGUGGCCCAAAGUUUUUAGAAUGACAUAAGUAUUGGUUUUCACAACGUUUGCUGCUUCAGUGUUUUUAGAUCUUUUUGUCAGAUGUUACUAUGUUCCCAAAGCCACUUAGUUAUCACUUUUGCCGAUGGAAAAGGCAUUGUUUGUCACCAAACUGUACUUAAAUGGUUGGGAGAAGUUGCUUUUAGAGUUUGUUUUGGUACCAUUCUUUAUUCAUGGUUGUGUUCUGAGGCAAAAUAGUGAGUGAGCCUACUAACUUGGCUGGGACGCAACCCCACACACGAAUAACCUCAGGAUGGUUUACUGUUGGCAUGAUGGUAGUGCUCACCUUAUCUUCUCUGGACAAGCUUUUUUCAGGAAGCCCCAAACAAUCAGAAAAGGGAUUCAAAAGAGAAAACGGUUUUAUCCCAGUCUUCAGGAGUCCAACUAGUCUGUCCCUGAUGUUUGUCCUGGAGAGACGUAUCUUCUAUGCGCCCUUCUUGACACCAGGCCAUCUUCCACAAGUCUUCACUUCACUGUUCGUGCAGAUGCACUCACGCCUGCCUGCUACCAUUCCUCAGCAAGCGCUGCACUGGUGGUGCCCCGAUCCCGAAAUCAACUUUCAGAGACAGUCCAGCCGCUUGCUGGACUUUCUUGGGUGCCCUGAAAUCUUCUUCUCAACAACUGAACUUCUCUUCUUGCAGUUCUUAAUAAACUAGCAGCAAUAUUCUUGCCUGCGAAGCACUUUUUGUGCUAAGCAAUGACAUCUGCACAUGUUUCCUUGCAGCAGGUAAAUGGUUAACAGAGGAGAAGCAAAGAUUUCAAGCACCCCCCACCCCACCCUCCUUUUAAAGCUUCCAGCCUUGUUAUUCUCACUCAGUGAUGAUGACAGUCAUCUUCAGCCUUUGUUCUUGUCAAUACUCUCACCCAUGUUAAACAGACAAUCACUAACAUGAUACCAGCUGGUCCUUUUUUGGCAGGGCUGAAAUGCAGUGGAAAUGUUUUUUUGGGUAUUAAGUUCAAUUUCAUGACAAAGAGGGGAAUUUGCAAUGAAUUCCCAUUCAUCUUAUCACUUGUCGUAAUAUUGUGGAGUAUAUACAAAUUGCCAUCAUAAAAAAUGAGGCAGCAGACUUUGUGAAAAUUAAUAAUUCCCAAAAAUUUUGGCAUUGACCAUACAAAGAUAAUAAAUGACCAAUUUGGAUCACAGAGAGUAAUGCAUGGCAACAUCCAUGGGAUGCCUGGUAGGAUACAUUGUGGCUGCCUCUCCCUUUCUAUAGUUUGUGAAAUCAGACGUUCUGAUACAGCUCUCUUAAAUUGUACCUAAUAUGAGUAAAUGUCAGAGUCUAUUUCAGGGUACCUGCCAAGCAUCCAGCUCUUGAGACAGCGCCACCUUGUGUUGGAUGGUGUUGAGAAGCUGUUGAUUCAGUAAGUCUUUCUCC